UGUGGUUUGUCGCCUCUUUUAUUCGCAAUUUACCUAGAGCCGCUUUGUAGGAAAAUCAAGAAUGACAAUAGAAUAUCGGGUUUCAGAGUGCAGUCCGCGGAAGUGAAAGUGCUGGCAUACGCGGAUGACAUCGCGUUGUUUUGUCGGGAUAAAGAAAGCAUCGAAAUCGCGGUCGCAGAGGCUUUAUCAUACUGCAGAAUGACAGGCAGUGCUAUCAACUUUGAUAAAUCCCUAGGGGUAUGGAUCGGCAACUGGGAAGACCAUCCGAGUACGUUUGCAAAUAUCCGCUGGACAGUCACGCCGGCAAAGUACCUGGGGGUGCCGCUUGAGCACUACCGUGACGCCGUUGAUUACUGGAAUGCCGAAACUGAAAGGGUUCGUGAAGGUACACUUAAAUGGGGAGGCCGCAAUUUCUCUAUGUUUGCUCGUGCGACAGUGUGCAACCUGUUUGCCGUUGCCAAAAUUUUUUACGUGCUCCAAGCGUUGUGCAUGUCAAGGGCUAACAUACAACGUUUACACAGAGUACUCGCAGUGUUUGUAUGGGGUUCAAGCUGGGAGCGCACUAGUCGCACUAAUCUCUUUCGUUCGGUUAAAAAUGGAGGAUUAGGUCUGGCACAUUUGUUCAUUAGGCAGAUUGUGUCGCGGUUUGUUUUCUUACGGGACCAAAAUGACCCAUUUUUAUUAACUAUGUUUCAGACAAGGCUGAGCGCAGCUAUACCUGAGUUUAUUGUAUCGUCACAUCGGUGCAGUCAAGGCAGAGUGCGUGGUUUCCUAAAAGAGGUAGUCUUGGCGUUUCAGCUGUUAAAGGUUCGGUUCUCCAUGGAAUACCUAAGUAGGGUACCACGAAAGCGCUUAUAUAAAGACCUGGUAGACACAAUGUUGCCGGUGCCAUUGUAUCGCUCGAUGUUCUGCAUUGGACCUGAAAAGGACGUACUAAAAAGAGUAAAACGAAUGCCAGUACGCCCAUCGGUAAAGUCCUUCUUUUUCCAGCUCCACAUCAAUACUUUGCCUGUGAAACCGUGGCUAGAUGAAAAAGGUUUUUCCGUGCCUUGGAGCGUCAACUGCUUGCUAUGCCGGAAACCCGAAACAAUAGAACACAUUUUUCUAGACUGCUGGGAUGCUGUGUUCCAUUGGGACAUAUUACAGAGAACACUAAAGAAGGACUUGCCGAUUACACCAUAUGGGAUUCGUUUCUUGCCUACUCUAAAUGAAGACAAAGUACCCUAUGACAUGUUCAUGCUGGUGUCCUUACAUAGCUUAUGGAAAACUAGAAUGGCCGUGAGACAUGCCGAAGUAAAUGCCCGGCCUGUUAGAGAAUACUUCAUUGAAAGCAUUUGUCAUAUUAAAGAAAUGUAUAAUUUGCAAAAAGAAAAACCAACAUGGCUCAGUGCUUCCAGCACCUAA